CAGCCGCAAAAUGUCAUCGAGAAGAUUGUUCAACGAUACGCGGUCAACCUGCCAACUCCCUCUCACAAGGUUGCGCAAGGAGACUUUGUGAGCAUUCAGCCAGAGCACGUUAUGACGCACGAUAACACUGCCGCUGUUAUGAGCAAGUUUCAGAGCAUAGGCGCCGCACGCUUCAACAACCCGCAGCAAGCAGUGUUUACACUUGAUCACGACGUGCAAAACAAAUCGGAAAAGAACCUGACAAAGUACCGCUCAAUAGCAGCAUUUGCGCAAUCCCACGGCGUAGAUUUCUAUCCAGCUGGUCGAGGUAUCGGGCAUCAGAUCCUUAUUGAAGAAGGAUACGCCUUCCCGUAUGUGAUGACAGUAGCAUCGGACUCGCAUUCGAACAUGUACGGCGGAAUUGGUGCACUGGGGACACCUAUCGUGCGCACAGACGCGGCAGCGAUAUGGGCGACGGGAAGGACAUGGUGGCAGAUCCCACCGGUGGCGAAUGUAAAGCUGCUCAACACGCUGCCUGAGGGUGUCACUGGGAAAGAUAUCAUUGUGGCUCUGUGCGGGUUGUUCAAUAACGAUGAGGUUCUGAACACGGCGAUAGAGUUUACUGGCAAGGAAGGGAUCGCAGCUUUGAGUGUGGAUGAGCGAUUGACCAUUGCGAACAUGACGACGGAAUGGGGUGCCCUUGCUGGUGUGUUUCCUGUGGACGAGGUCACUAUCAAGUGGCUGCGGGAUAGAGCCGUCUACCUCGCUCGCACUCAGAAUCGGAAGCAUGAGCGCAUCAACGAUGAGCGGAUCCAGGACCUCGUCCGGAAUCCCUUGCUCUCUGACUCCGACGCAAACUACGCCAAGCACCUCACGUUGGACCUCGCGACACUCACCCCGCACGUCUCUGGCCCAAAUUCCGUCAAACACGCCACCCCACUCACCACCUUGGAACAGCAGCGCAUCAAGAUUAACAAAGCCUAUCUCCUUUCUUGCGUCAACUCCCGCGCCAGCGAUCUGCGGGCCGCCGCUAAUGUCUUGAAAGGACGCAAAGUCGCAGACGGGGUCGAAUUCUACAUCGCCGCGGCAUCCAGUGAGGUGCAGAAAGACGUAGAGAAAUCCGGAGACUGGGACACGUUGCUGAGAGCAGGCGCGCGACCAUUGCCUGCAGGGUGUGGCCCAUGUAUCGGACUAGGUGUUGGACUACUCCAAGACGGAGAGGUCGGGAUCUCGGCAACGAACAGGAACUCCAAGGGCAGAAUGGGCGCACCCACCGCCCAAGCAUACCUUUCUUCACCAGCCGUAGUCGCCGCCUCCGCCGUAUCAGGCUAUAUCUGCGGCCCGCAAAGCCUACACCCCACCAACCCCAUCUCCAAAACCUUCGCGGCGUUUCACGCCCACCCCCAAUCCCCCAUUAUCACCUACACCGAUAACGCCACCCAAACACCGCCCGCCAAAUCCGCCCCUGCGGACGUGAUACCGGGCUUUGAUGGCACCCUACGGGGCGAGAUACUGUUCUGCGAUGCGGAUAAUCUGAAUACGGAUGGGAUAUAUCCCGGGAAAUAUACGUAUCAGGAUGAUAUGUCGCCGGAGCGGAUGGCGCAGGUUGCGAUGGAGAAUUAUGAUCCGGGGUUUACUAAAGUUGCUAAGAAGGUUCGUGUCAACGACAUCCUCAUCUCCGGCUUCAACUUCGGCACCGGCUCCUCCCGCGAACAAGCCGCAACCGCCCUCCUCUACGCCGGUUUCCGCGCCGUCCUCGCCGGCUCAUUCUCCGAAACAUUUAAGCGGAACGCCAUAAACAACGGGCUUAUCGUCCUCGAGGCCCCGCAACUCGUCAGUGAUCUCCGUAAGGCGUUCAAGGGUGGUGAGGAGGUGUUGACGAGACGCACCGGAUGGGAUGCGACCGUGGAUCUUGUGGGCGGGAGUGUGGGGGUGGGGGAGAGGAGGUAUAAGGUGCCGCCGGUAGGGAGGGCGGCGCAGGAGUUGAUUGUGGAGGGGGGGUUGGAGAAUUGGGUCAAGAAUCGGAUUGCUGCGUAGAUUCGAUCCCCUUCCCGCGCUAUGUUGGUGUAGCUUAGUCUUCGGGUUAUACAUAGUCUAUGUAUUCUGCGUGUAUCUACAUGUACAUUUUCUUCUUCUUUGCAUCAUGAGUAAAUAUGUCUCCGAAAAAGUUGGUCAAAGCGUAAGGUGGGAAUAUAUAAAAAUGCAGUAAGAACGAGAAGGAAAGUCGAGUAAACCACAUAAAAAACGAUACGGGGGGUAUCCACACUAUUUACACACAUUCCUUCCAGAUGGAGCCAAUAUUUCCACCCACACAUCACUUGUCAACAUCAUGCCCCAACUUCUGCACCAGCACCUCAUAAAUCCACAAACUCAACGCCGAGCUCGGCACCGUCCUAAUCAGAUUGACGCCCAAGCCCCUAUAGAACGCCCUCCACCCUUCCUCGCGCAUAAUCACCUUCAUCGCGUGGAUCAUACCGCGAUAUCGGGGUGUGGGUUUUGUUGAUCGUAAGG